CGUAACUUUGACUUCGACUUGCAGCACUAUAAGUGAACAUCGCAGAAUUUUAACGACAGAAUGGGUGACUCAGCCGCAGCCUCGCUCUUAGCCGAGAGUACGUCCCUCGCGCAGAGCACUCUGGAGCGUGCCACCCUCACCCGCCAGUCGCGUUCCACUAACCACACCACAAGCACUGACAGAGAGACGACCCCAAAACGGAGCGAGGCAAACCAUGGGGAGAGCGGAUUCUUCUGGGGCCUUGUGGUGGUUCUCCUCAUCUUAGCGUCAGGGAACCUCCUCCUCACCUUCUUCGCUAUGGGGGUCCUUCGGCUCGGCUAUGGCAUGGAGAGCAUCGAAAUCUUACCUGAUACGAGAGCAACGAAAUUCUAUGGUCGUGCAGAUCUGGGCAACGUGUAUAAGAAGGAUGGCAUUAUAUAUGGCUAUGCUGACGUUCCCUUCUCAAUCCAGGGGGAUAAUAGCAAGGUGUCACUAAGUCUGAGGACCUCUUCAGCUCCUCCAUCGUUAGACGUUGGACCCGACGAAACAGAGAUUAAAAGUGUUGAAAGUUUUCAGGUAAUUGACCCAGAUUCCGGCAGCACAGUCUUCUCUACCGAUUACCCCAACUUCGGACUUCCACAAGGCGUCAGAAAUCUAAAUGUGGUGAGAAGCACAGCUGCACGAGUCACAAGUCCUACCUCAUCGGACCUGAAGAUUCGUUCAGGCUCUACCAUUCGCCUGAAGGGUAAUGAAGGAAUGUCAUUCGAUGCCAAAAAACUCACAUGGUCUGCGGAUCAAGACAUUUAUCUGAAGAGCAUUAAUGGGUCCAUUCUUCUGGAUGCUGGAGCUGGAUAUAUGGUUGACGUCAACACCCUGCCUCUGGCAGGUGAUGUGGAUGAUGAGAAUGGCCGUGGCCAAUACAAGCUGUGUAUGUGCAAACCCCAAGGUCAGCUUUUCCGUGUCCCUGUGCCGGUCAAUAACAACAAGCGCACCUCAGCCAUUAACUGCGCUAGUUUUACUAAUCCUUGCACUGGAAUGCAUAUGUAGGUAGAAUAUGUGAGAGAUAUCUAUCACUCUUUUAUCCUUUACAUAAUGCUCUCUCUUUCUUUCUAUUCCCUUUCUCUUAUCUCUCCUCUCCUCUUACCCACUCCCUUUAUCUCCUUCCCUCCUUUCCUACUUCCCUCUCUCCCUCCCUCCUUUCCUACUUCUCUCUCUCCCUCCCUCCCUCCUCUCCCUCUCCUUCUCCCUCUUUCUCUCCUUUCCAAUCUAGUAACUGGGCUUGUGAACCAUAUCAAAUCAAAUUCUUGAAAUUAUUAUGUAUAACCCAAAUUGGUAAUUUUUCAUAAGCCUCAGAUCAGUGAGAUGUAUGCCUAUCAUGCAGAAUUGAAAUAUAAAACUGUUAUACUCGUCCUCAAAAUCUAGGUAUAAGUAUAAAAAAGUGAGAUUUUUAAAAUAUAUGUUGUGUUGUAGAUUUAGUUUAUAUAUCCAUGUUGCAGAAAGAAGACAUAUUUCUAAACCAUAUCAAUUUAUUGGAAUUCUUAAUUUUUGAUAUCUAGAAAAAUGUAACCUGAAUGCACAAAACUAAUGCUAUCGAGGUUAAAUAUGUUAAUAAUUAUUGUACUAAUACAUAAUAUUUAUUUCAACCUAGUCAUGGGAUUCU